AUGUCCUCUCUAUUCAGGCGUCUCGUCUUGCCCGUAGCUUGGACUGCUACUAUUCUGGGCUUCUCAAGUGCUAAGACUGUUACAUAUGACUUCAACAUAGAAUGGGUCACGUCAAACCCUGAUGGCGCAUUUAACAGACCAACUAUUGGUAUCAACGGUCAAUGGCCAAUUCCUGCUAUUGUCGCUGAUAUCGGCGACAAUGUUGUGGUCACUGCGAAAAAUAGCCUCGGAAAUCAAACCACUUCUCUCCAUUUUCAUGGCUUAUUCAUGAAUGGUACAACGCAGAUGGACGGACCAUCUCAGGUCUCACAAUGCGCCAUCGCACCGGGCUCAAGUUUCAUAUAUAACUUCACCAUAAACCAACCCGGAACAUACUGGUAUCACUCGCAUACCAAUGGACAAUAUCCUGAUGGACUUAGAGGACCUUUAAUUAUCCACGAUCCAAACUCUCCUUUUCUGAACACAUCCUAUAUACAAGAAAAUGAAAGAGUUUUGACCGUGUCGGACUGGUAUCAUGACCAGAUGACGGAUCUUCUUCCUGGAUUUAUCGACAAGAGUAACCCUACAGGAGCCGAACCAGUCCCAAAUGCAGCUUUGUGGAAUGACACGCAAAACUUGCAAGUUGCCGUCCAGCCUAACACGACUUAUCUCUUCCGCGUCAUCAAUGUAGGAGCUUUUGCUGGCCAGUACAUCUGGUUCGAAGGCCAUAACAUGACCAUUAUUGAAGUUGAUGGCGUUUACCAUCAGCCCGCGGUGGCUGACAUGAUAUACCUCUCCGCUGCCCAGCGUUGUAGUUUCUUGAUUACGACUAAAGCCGAGACAUCAACCAAUUACGCAUUUGUCGCAAGCAUGGAUACGACUUUAUUCGACACUCUACCGGCCGACCUGAACUAUAACGUUACGGGAUGGCUUGUAUAUGAUAAAGCCCAGUCCUUGCCAGACCCUGCAACCGUGGAUGAGUUGAAUAAUUUCGACGAUAUUACUCUGGUUCCAUAUGACAACCUGACUCGCUUCGGCGAACCCGAUCAGACAGUCGAGCUUGAUGUGAUCAUGGACAACUUGGGAGAUGGCGCCAACUAUGCCUUCUUCAACAAUAUCACGUACAAGUCGCCGAAAGUACCUACUCUCUACACAGCCUUGUCUGCCGGAGACUUGGCUACCGACCCUACUGUGUACGGUUCCUACACGCACUCCUUCGUGCUCGAGAAAGGUCAAAUCGUCCAGAUCACCGUGAACAAUCUAGACACUGGACGUCAUCCGUUCCAUCUUCACGGGCAUCACUUCCAGGCGUUAUAUCGCUCUGAUGAAGACGCCGGGACAUAUGAGGAUGCCAAGAUCACGGAAGCUGACUACCCCGAAAUUCCCAUGCGCCGCGACACGAUGGUGCUAUACCCUACCGGUUUUAUCGUGUUGCGCUUCAGGGCUGACAAUCCUGGUGUCUGGCUCUUCCACUGCCAUAUUGAAUGGCAUGUCGCAUCCGGUCUUAUCGCAACCUUUGUUGAAGCGCCCCUCGACCUACAGAAGAACCUUACGAUCCCGCAAGGCCACCUAGAUGCCUGCGCCUCCCAGAACAUCCCCACAGCCGGUAACGCGGCUGGAAACACGGUCAACUUCCUCGACCUCACUGGGGAGCCUAAAUCUCCGGACCCGCUACCUGAAGGAUUUACGACUCGCGGCAAGGUCGCCUUAGCAUUUAGCGCCCUUUGCGGUAUUUUGGGCGUGAUAACCGUGGCGUGGUACGGUCUCGCGCCGGACGCCGCAGCGCCCCUGUGGGUUGAACAGCACGCCUCGGAGACGCAGACAGUGGACUCGGGCGUCAGGUCGUCGGAGGGGACGCCGACGGAGCCUGAGGUCGUUACCGUUACUGCCGUAGCCGGGGGAGCGCAUAGCAAGGCGUGA